AUGUGCCACGACAACAUCUCCCUCAACGGCUGGACCAGCACUCCCGCCAACGCCGGCCUCAUCUUCCCCGACAAGCCCUUCAUCCACCCACCCACUCCCAUCCCCAUCACCGACAUCCCGUUCCCAUCUACCGAUCCCCUCGUCGCCAAGACCCUCGAAUCCGUCCAAUCCCUCCUCCCCCACGACACCAUCAACCACUCUAUGCGCGUAUACUACUACGGAAUGAUCCUCCUAAAACAACAAUUCCCCACCCACCCCCUCUCCCCCACAACCUGGGCCCUAACCUGCCUCCUGCACGACAUCGGCACCGCUCCUACCCUCCUCACCGCAACGAACAUGUCCUUCGACCUCUAUGGCGGCAUUUUCGCCCGCUCUAUGUUAAUCUCCUUCGACUGUCCCAGUGACAUUGCAGAUGCUGUAGCAGAAGCUAUCAUCCGGCAUCAGGAUCUCGGUGUCGAUGGGAAUAUUACGUUCUUGGGACAGUUGAUACAGUUGGCUACAAUUUAUGAUAAUGUGGGGGAGCAUCCGCAGGUUAAGGACUUUGGGGAGUUGAUUCAUGAGGAUACGAGGAGGGAGAUAAAUGAGCGCUGGAGUAGGGACGGGUGGUGUGGGGUGUUUGCUGAUGUGCUGUGCGUGGAGGUGCGGGAGAAGCCGUGGUGUCAUUCGACGCAUAUUGUCGGGUUUGAGGGGAAGGUUAGGGGGAAUAAGCUUUUUGGGGAGUAG